UCUGCUCAUGCAAUAUGUCGUUCACAUGAUAAUUCGCAAUACGAAUUCAAAGAAGAAUCAGAUUCUAUAGAUAGAGCUCAGGAAACUGACAAUGGUCAUGAAAGUCAUAUGUCUAAACUCGCGAAAGCUGAACAAAGACACGUUUCCGACUUCUAUCUGGGAGAUGCACAAACUGAGCAACACAGGAACUCAUCGGAAAAACAAGAAAAAGCUCUGUGCCUCGAGACAUUACCAAAUGAGGAAGACUAUGAUCUGCGUACAUGCAGUGUUGAGACAGAGAAGUGUAGCAGUUCAGAUGAUGAGAAUGGAGCUGGAAGCAAUCCACAACUAGCCGAGAGAUUCCAACGAGAGGCUGUAAUUAUGAACGAUGCAUUCAUACGAUUUGUUCAUAACAACUUCAAUCAAUUAUCCCCUGAACAACUCGAACUGACAAAUGCUGUCAGAUCAGCAACUGUCUCUUCUAUCAAAGAAAUGUCCAGUUAUUUGGAAAAUGAGGAGCUGAACUAUUCUGCAGAUGAACUAGGG